CAUUAACACCGGGAUAAGUUGUCAUGGAUGAGGGAUGGUCAGGGUUACUGUCAGCGGAUGAUCAAGAACGCCAUACCAUACCAGUCCAGUCCAGUCCCCAUCGCGGAAAAGUCGACUUGCAACAGAGAGCAAAAUGCCUUCGGGAAGAGGGAAAGAGAGACCCCUCAAAAACCAAAAAAAAAAAAAAAAAAAUACAACCUGUAAGUUGUGGGCGGGUGGCAACGUUACUGCUUGGGUGUUUAGGGGCUAAUCCAAGACGAGCCAACACAAGCCACAUGCCUCAGGGUCUUGACGUAGUUAUCAGGGGGGGCGAAUGAUUUCUCUCCUGUGCUCGCUACUUCAGCGGCUCGACCCUAGACUAUCAAGGCCAAUAAAUUGGAGAAUAGGAAUCACCCCCUUGUUAUCCUGCCGCUUCGUCUUUAAAUAUCCGAGUAAAAUAAUUCCGCAGCUUGCGAUACAACUUUAAUAAUGUAGGUUCGACGGUUUCCCGUGGAUGGAGGAGCGAGGAUUUAAAGUUGCCAGUGAUGAUGCCAUCAUUUCAUGGAAGCCAACGUGUUGCACGAUAAUAAUAUUAUUCUUGGCCAGGCAUGUUCAGCACCCACCAGAGGAUCGAGUGGCUUCUGUAACUCCUGUCCAAGAUCGGCCGUCAUUGAAUUGUGGACCGUUUUGGUGAGAAUUUGUUUUUCUGCUUUGAGCAACAUCAGUAGCGAUGCAGAUGUCACCACGAAAAAAGAAAGAUUGAAAUAUAAAAUAAAUAGAAUAAUAUUUUUUCUCUCUUCAACACCCCAUUGGUAUGUUUGUUCUCUUGCUUCCAACGACGAGACUGGUUCAGGAUAAUCCAACCAGCAAGAUUUCCCAGUUUUUUUACUUUUCGUUUCGUCGAACCUAGAGGGCUGAGAACGGGUUGCGGAGGGAGGAAACAAAAAAAAGGAGCCCAGAAAUUCCCCCGUCAUCAAACCCAAGCAGACUUGGCCCCGGUGGCCCGGCUGUGUGUAGCGCGGCGUGUAGGCAAGCUGGUCGAGCGUGGUUGGCUGUCUGUCUGCCAUCUGGUAGGGGUUUAAGCGGAGACAAACCAGGCCCGUAUAGCGCCGAACUCUGGCUGGCAUCGAUCGGCUUAGCCUGAUUGUACGCUGGAGCGGUGCGGCGGUGCGGCGGUGCGUUUAUGAAUAAUAAUUACUUCAACGACAUCGAACUUGUCGGCUCCCAACUCUCCAGCCCGUUUCCCCGUAGACGUAGUUAGAGGUUGAUUCUUGUCUCCUGUCUUUUUUUUUUAUCUCAUUCAGCUUCCAAUCCUCUCCCUCUACUCCUCGUCUCCUCUUUCAAACCGUCAGUUUUUCCAGCUCUGUCGUUCGUUGCGUGCUGGCGUCAGCUAAUACCUGACCUUUGUUGUCUUCUUGCAUUUUCCAAUUUUUCUCUUUGCUUCGUUUUAUAAAGCUUCGUCUGUCUUUGUUUCGGGCUUGCUUCCUCAGCUAGACCACCACCCGAUUUAGGUUCUGGUGUCUUGGUCCGUAACCUUCAAGGCGAACCAUGCUGGCCUGCCAUUGAUAUCACAGGUGCUCUCUCUGUCUGUGGACCCCGGACAUCAAGAGAAUAGUUCCCUAGGGCCGAGAAAGGGUGUUUCCCUUUCGACGGUCCAGUUCAAUAGCCAUGGCGGUACUCUCUGGUUUCGUCGUCCCUUAUAUAUUCGCCCUUCUCUAUCUUAUUCCAGUCGCUCUAUCGUUUGACCUCUGCUCUUCUACAAAUACCGGAUCUAAGUUCGACUCGGUACUCGACAUAUUUCAAUCAGACGGAGCCUGCACGAAAACCUGCUCGAGAAAAUAUUCUGUUGCAAUUCUACAGGGCAAAUUUUGUUGGUGUUCCGACAACGUGCCUGGUGGCACUAUCGAUAAUAACGCGUGCAGCGAACCAUGUCCUGGGUACCCGUCAGACAAGUGCGGUAAUUCUCAAGAGGGUCUAUACGCAUAUAUACUGCUUAAGAAGCCCUCUCAAACCAUCGGCUCGAUAACUAAAACCCCGAUGUCGGUCAGUAGAAAUUUUUAUUUUUUUUCUUGAGUCCUAGACCGUUUUCCAUUAUCCCCCGGUUAUCUCUCUCUCUCUCUCCUUUUUUUAAAAUUUUUAUUUUUAUUUUAUUUUAUUAUUAUCUUUCAUUCAAAAUCAAACUUGGAAUGAUGAGCGCAUGAUCCCUAAAUCUUCCAUGAAUCUACACCUUUUCUCAUCCAUUUUGACCGUUAAUACCCAGGCUACAUCUCAAAUUGAAAUUACGACGGUCACUGAGACGCAGCAUGAAAUGACCACUUUAUCUUCUACCCAAACGCCCACAUCAACAUCAACAUCUGGCACGAGCUCGAGCCAAUCCGCCGACUCUAUAGCAAGCGUUACACCGACAGAACCUCCCGGCCAAAACGAUGAAGCCACAUCUAGUUCAUCCUUAAGCGGCGGAGCGAUCGCGGGCAUUGUUGUUGGUACAUUGCUGGGCAUUGGCGUCAUAGUUUCCGCGAUAUUAUGGCUCUUCUAUAUUCGUCGACGUCGGGAAAGGGAAGACUCGAAGGUUGGUAUGAACGGCUAUGACCACCCGGCGUCGUCUCCAAGCUUCCACACCUCCAUCCAGAGUCCAGCUAUGACCUACCAAAGAAGCCCGUCCAUGAAUGGACCAAUGGGUAUGCACGAUCGAAAUCUACUCGGCGUAUCGGGAUUUACGGAUAGUCGCAUGAAAAAGGACGCCGCUAUUUAUCCGAAUGGAAAUCGACAGAGCAAUGUUUCUCUACAGGACAAUCAGGAUUACUCAAGACCUGUAUUAAGAUUAACCAACCCGGACCCAUAACACCCAACCACACCCUCACUCCACCAAAACCCCCCUUUCUCGCUCACAAAACACACCGCUGCAUAUAUUUUCUACGGCCCCAUAUGAAAUACCGGACUCCUUUGUUCAUGAUACCCUUUCUCAUUAAUUGCAUCGUAAUUGUCAUUCCCACCAUAAACCCUUAACGGAAACCUACCUACCCAUCGAAAUCCUCCACCCAUCCCCGAAAUCCGAAAUCCGGCUAUACCGAACCAAUCUGAAAUAAAUAAAAUCCACAGCGAGCAAUCCCAUUUUCCCCAUAGAAAAAAAUUUAAAAAAAUGGUUUAGCUUAGUGGAACAAGAUGAAACGAAUUUCUUUUCUAAACAAGUCCAAACCAGAGAUAGAAUAUUCUCCUUUUUCUUCUCUAUCCAUUCGCCACCUUCUGUCUCUCUUAUCUCUUUUCCCUUUGUCUCCUUCAUUAUAUCCGCUUGUAUCCGUCCCUAUUAUAUUUUACUAUAUCAUCCCCCGAACCAUAAAACGGGAGAGGGCGUACGUUUUUUGCUCAUAAAUCUGUGCCUUGUUCUAUUUUCUUUGCUGUUCCCAUAUUGUAGGAACUUUGUAUGUACCUGAAUUAAAAAGGAGCACGGCAUGGAAAUGGAAGGACUUUUUUUUCUUUCUUCUCUCGUCUUUGUCCUCUCGUGCUUUCUUCCUGCGCCACUACUACUACUACCUCCCCCAUAUUUCAGCCACGAUUUAACACAUACCAAAACCAAACAUACACAUGCACAUUGUACCAAUACAUAAAGCACAGACAGCAGAUAGCAGAAAGCAGAAGCAUAUAUUAUAUAUUGUAUUUUACCCCAUUUUUUAGAGUCUUUCCCUUCCGUUGGCCAAAUCAGCUUCACGUUUUUGUUUUUCAAUGGGGGAUUUUCUACCCCCUUCAAACUUUAAAGCCCCUUUUUCUGUCAUCCACUAGCCAGCCAACCCGCCGCGCCGAUUCUUAUCCGCGCGAUUGAGCAUCGUGAUAUGAUAUCUGAUGGGGUAUUGACUGAUAAUCAAAUCUAUUCAGAGAUUGUGUGAAUUCCCCAGACGCAUUUUCAUUUCAUUUUUUUUCUUACGCCCUGCUUUCUUCAAGAAGGGAUGAAGAGGGGAGGGGUUGGGUUGGUCUGAUGGUUAGAAGAUAAGUUUCUGACUCCCCCCCCGUCUGCUCGAUAUUGAUAUUGCUUUGUAUAGAAGGUUAAUUCAUUCCAAUUUGUACGUACAUGUACAUGUACAGUGCAAAAGAGUUGCUAGUACUUGUGUGAUUAGUAUUAUGUGUCCAUCUUAAAUUUAUUAUCCGGCGUAAUACAAACGCCUAUAUUAUAUAUUAUAUCUGGCUUAAUUUAUCACUUUCCUUGACUUGACCCCUUUUAUUUCAGGGGGAACUAAAAGGUAACAAACAAUAACCAAAUUAACAUAGAGAUUUCUGCCCAUAUUCGAAAGCCUGCUUUUCUUUGAAUAAUUUCUCUUCGCUAUCAAGGGAGACAGAGAGGGCAUUACGUUGUGCAUGCUGCAUCUAUCUCAUCUAGCAGUGGGUCGUCUUUUACUCUUUUCUUGCAUUUAUAUGAUGUCUGUAGGUGAUUCCGGCUGGUUCGCUCCCUAGUGUAAUAGUUUUAAUUGCUAUCCAUCAUGGUCAACCAUACGCUUGAGGUUCAGCUCGAGAACUAAAUUUUGAAUGCGAAAUUGAACCUUCAAAAAAAGGAAAAGGCGUUUUUUACUACCGUGGCGUGGGAGGUCCCAUUCCCUGCGAUUUCCGAACGGGGAGAUCUCGAUGAAGGGAAAUACUUGUGAGAAAGGCGCCUUCGUCACUUCAUCAAAUACAUAAUAAUAUUCCAUAUCUGGGUAUCCAUCCAGCUUUGCUUUUGCGUCGUUCCAUCAAGAAACACGGCUACAUAAAGCAAGAGUUACUUGACGCGCAUAACUAUAGUCCCAAAAAAAAAAGAGAAAUUAAUAAACAGCAUGUACAAAUAGGUCCCCUAGAUACAAAUAGAUAAUCAUGCAGGACUCGUCGGCUCCCACGGCAGCAGAACCUUGUUGUUCGCAGGUGCUCUCCGCUGCGUAUCCCUCUCCAUAUUCUGCGAGUUCACCCGCACCUCCAUCGUCUUCAGGAUUCCCCUGGAGUUAUGACUCCGCUCACCACUACCACCUCGAUCGCCCCUACUCACGUCAUCCGACGCACCUUUUAUAAUAGCCUCUUCGCUCCCGUCGUCGCUCCUGCGCCCGUUAGGCGGUGACGUCCGUGUCCAGCCGUCCGUCACGGUUGUUGUCGUAAAAUCAUCCAUGGUGUACGUGAGCAAGUCACUCUCUUUGUGCUUCUUGAAUGCAUGUCCACUUCCACCGGCGCCACUUGCUCCCUGGUGGAAAUAGCGACGACUGUGAGAGCCGGAUGGUCUGUAGCCGGGUGACGAACCGGGCCGUCUUCCAGAGGGUGUGCGGCCGGUAGCGGCGGUGAAUAGGGGUCCCAGAGUUGGAAUACAAGCGGCGAUGAUAAUUAGGUAUUGCUCUGUUGAGAUCCAGGUUGUUAGGUUUAUUGUUUCAAAGGUGUAGUCUGCGCGGGCGACCAGUUCUGCCAAAAAGAUGGUUUUGACAAUGGCCGCAGCAGUAGCACUGAUUGUACCCCACGGUUGGUUGUUGAUUAGCAUUGGAAGUUUUGUGAAUUGAGUGGAUAUAAUAGAAACUAGAAAAGUAAAAGUAAAAUAAAAGAUGAAC